UCCUUAUUCCCGCCAUGCUGUGUGUGUGUGUACGUACUGUGUUUGAGAGUGUGUGUGUGUGUGUAUAUGUCUCUCUAGGCGUGUGUGUGUGUGUGUGUGUGUACUAUGGGGUCCUGUAGUAAAAUGCCCAGAGGGCAAGCAGUAAUCAUGGGGUGAGGCUAAUGUCAGAGCGGCAUCAAAGACCCUUAACUGGAUAUGUACGUUAACCCACUCUGAAAUGUAGGGCAUGUUGACUCCUGCGUCCCUCUCGUUCAGUUUUUCCACUCUGACUGUUGCCUGUCUUUGCAUAGCCAUGCGGAAAAGAAAGCUCAACAAAUGUGGUCACCCAUCCGAGAAGGAAGAACAAGCUCCAUGGAGUCCCCUAACCUGGAGUUUGAGUACGGGGACACAGACAGCCUGACCACUGAACUCUCAGAGAUAUACAGUUACACGGAGGAGCCCGAGUUCGCCCUCAACAGGGACUACUUUGAGGAGGAUUUCAGGAGCCAUGUGCGGGGGAGGAGAUGGAUUGAGCUGGGUCAGGAACAGCAGAAGGCCUAUGUGAUGAGACUACUAGAUGCUCUGGAGGUCACUGACCGGGACAAGAGGCUGAAGGUGGCCCGGGCCAUCCUCUACCUGGCACAGGGGGUGUUUGAUGAGUGUGACACGGAUGCGGACGUGAUCCACUGGUCUCGCCACAAUGUGUUCCUGCUGUAUGACAUGGGCAUCUUCACCGCUCUCCUGGAGCUGCUGAGCAUGGAGAUAGAUAACAACCAAGCCUGCAGCAGCGCAGUGAGGAAACCUGCCAUCUCUCUGGCGGACAGCACAGAACUCAGGGUCUUGCUAAGCAUCAUGUACCUGAUGGUGGAGACCAUCCGUCUGCAGACAGAGGACGACAGGCCAGAGUGGAGAACUGCCAGAGAGGCCUUCAAGACUGAACUGGGUUCUCCUCUGUACAACGGAGAGCCAUUUUCCCUGCUGCUCUUCACCAUGGUGACCAAGUUCUGCAGUAUGAACGCUCCACACUUUCCCAUGAAGAAGGUCCUGCUGCUGCUCUGGAAGACCAUCCUGUUCACCAUGGGGGGCUUCGAGGAGCUCCAGGAGAUGAAGGUUCGAGGCAGAGAGAGGCUGAGCCUGCCCCCCCUACCUGAGGACAGCAUCAAGGUGGUCCGGAGCAUGAGAGCAGCCUCUCCUCCAGCCUCGGCAAUGGAGCUCAUAGAACAGCAACAGCAGGCCAAGAGAGGACGCCGCAGCCGCAGGCCCCUGGUAAAGCAGGACAGCCUAGACACAUACAACGAGCGAGACCCCUUUAAGAACGACGACGCACGAGACGAGGAGGAGGACGGCGAGGAAGCCGACAGUGGCAUCGAGGCGGAGGUGGACCCCCUGGACCGUGAUGUCAUCAUCCAGCCACCACCCCCACCGCCCCCGCUCAGACCCCCCACUGAGAGAGCGUCCCUCCCCAAGGGUCUGCCUUGGGCCCCCAAAGUCAGAGAGAAAGACAUCGAAUACUUCUUGGAGACCAGCAGGAACAAGUUCAUCGGCUUCACUCUGGGAAAUGACACAGAGACACUAGUCGGUCUCCCUAGACCCAUACACGAGAGUGUGAAGACUCUUAAACAGCACAAAUAUGUCUCUAUUGCUGAGAUGCAGAUCAAGAGGGAAGAGGAGCUUCAACAGUGCCCCAUGACCCUGGGAGAAGAGGAUGUGGAUGAGACGCCCACAGAGAUCCUGUAUCUGGGAAUGCUUCCUAACCUGUCUCAGUAUGUGAUUGCCCUUCUGAAGCUGCUGCUGGCUGCAGCACCUACCUCCAAAACCAAGACGGACUCCAUCAAUAUACUGGCUGAUGUGCUGCCAGAGGAGAUGCCGAUCACGGUCCUCCAGAGCAUGAAGCUGGGUAUUGACGUGAACAGACACAAGGAGAUCAUUGUCAAGGCCAUCUCUGCACUUCUGCUCCUGCUGCUCAAGCACCUGAAACUCAAUCACAUUUACCAAUUUGAGAUUGUCUCUCAACACCUGGUGUUCGCUAACUGCAUCCCCCUCAUCCUCAAGUUCUUCAACCAGAACAUCCUGUCUUACAUCAGUGCCAAAAACAGUAUAUGUGUGCUGGACUUCCCUCACUGUGUGGUCCACGAGAUGCCUGAGCUCACGGCUGAGAGCUUGGAAGCCGGAGACCGUAAUCAGUUCUGCUGGCGUAAUCUCUUCUCCUGCAUCAACCUGCUGAGGAUCCUCAACAAGCUGACUAAGUGGAAACACUCCAGGACCAUGAUGCUGGUGGUGUUCAAGUCUGCUCCCAUCCUGAAGAGGGCGCUGAAGGUCAAACAGGCCAUAAUGCAGCUGUAUGUCCUCAAACUGCUCAAGAUCCAGACCAAGUACCUGGGCCGCCAGUGGAGGAAGAGCAACAUGAAGACCAUGUCAGCCAUCUACCAGAAAGUACGACACAGGCUCAAUGACGACUGGGCCUAUGGCAACGAUAUCGAUGCGCGGCCGUGGGACUUCCAGGCGGAGGAGUGCGCCCUGAGGGAGAGCAUCGAGAAGUUCAACAGCCGUCGCUACGACAAGAACCAGAACGGCGAGUUCGCCCCGGUGGACAACUGCCUGCAAAGUGUUCUGGGCCAGCGUGUUGAGCUGCCGGAGGACUUCCACUACAGCUAUGAAAUGUGGCUGGAGAGAGAGGUGUUUUCACAGCCUAUCCAAUGGGAAGGCCUACUACAACAGGCCCGGUGAGGGGGGAGGACACGCAUACCAGGGACACAAGCCUACGACUACUGUGAUCUUCAUGUAAAUAUGUGGCAGAAAUAGAACAUCUCUUUGUAAUCACCUGUAUCCAUGCAGAAAUUGUACAGUAACGAUAUAGACAGUAAUAAUGAUGUCAUGGCAACUUGGCAGGAGCAGGCUCUUACAGUACAACUAUGUGGAAUACUGUCACUAUUCUGUCAGUCACGACAACCAAUCCAACCACUAUGUCCAAACCACCAGUACAUUUUUUUCUCACUCAAUUUGGUUCGCUUCUGUGCUUUGUGGAAUAAUUAAUUUUAUAUCCAUGGCAUGUCCUCUUUUGUUUAAUGAAGAUGUACAUUUGAAGUACUGGCACUAUAUUUAGUUUAUGUUGUAAUGUUUUACAUGUGUAUUUAUUUAUGAUCACAGCCAUUAUGUUUCAGUAUGUAAAUCUCAUAGCUGCAGAUGAUAUUGUGGUUGAUAUUUCUAGACAAAAAUGCCUAUUUGUAAAGAAAGUACUGUGUAUUAACAGGCUAACGAUUAAGUACCUUACUGUGAUUGUUUUCAAUUAAAAUAGCAAAGAGCAAUUUCUCAAGCAAGAAUUUUGCCAGGACUGUCUGGAGUUGGUCUGAGUAGGGAGGGGGAGAUUAGUGUGAUUGGUAGACAGGUUUUUAACUAAUUUACCCCGCCUAUGGAUGUCACCAGGCAGACAAACUCCAUCCUACCAAAACAGGAAGAAACAGCUGUUACAUUUAAAGGGCAUUAUCAUAAUUUUCACAAUUUCACAGUAUUAUUCCAACCUCAGUGUGGAAAUAUAUAUAAAACACAGGGAAAUCACGUUUUUGGGAGAAUUUAACAACAUUUCCCCUUUUCUAGAUUAAUAGUAUUUUAAUUUGUGUAAUCACAAACAGAUAUUUCUGUAAGUCAUUGACCAGAUUCAGCUGCGGGAUGAUUUUUCUUCUUCAGCGGAUGGUCAGGGUGCCGAAACAUAAUUACAAAUAAUUUGUAGACAUAAAAAAACAAACAGAUAUAGUAUUUUACAAAGAUGAUAAACUUGCUUACAUUUGUAUACGAUCACAUCUCUCUAUUAUGUGUGGGAAUACUUGGCAAAAAGAUUUCCAAAAUUAAAAUCACUUGGAGCUGAUUUCCUGGUGUUUUUAGAGUUUUUCAUGUCUAACAAUGAGAAGAAAAAAAAGAACUUGGGGGUUGUCCAAAUUCGGCCCACGGCCAGCAAGUGGGGGAACCCUGCUGUUAGUAGUAUGUGGUAGUUCAUUUAUGUUUAUAAAGGUCUGUGAUGCCUUAGGCCAGAUAGAGAGUUAAUAAAGGAUAAGGACACAGGCAAACUUUUUGAGGCUAAACUGAAGGGUUUGACCAGGGAUUUGGGAGGCUUGAGGGGGUUCAUCGGCCCAACGUGGGGAGGCUGUCUCUGGGUAAAUCGAUGGCAGUGUCCCUGACUCCCUCUGGAACUCUGAGGAGUCCUGUGUGCUUCACUCUCUGUCCUCCCAAAUGUGUCAUGGCUGUCUUGGUUUAGCCCUCAGUCCACCUCCCAACUUCAACAGAGCAGCACAGCAGCCCACCUUGAAUAACAGCACAACCACUGAAGGGCUACAAGUGUCCUUGUGAGGCGGAUCUCCCUCGCUGAAUACACAGUCGUUGUCACACAAUGGGGUUGAUUUUUAUGAGAUCUGUUGUCUAGUCAAUUUCUUUCACUGUAAAGUAGAACUACCUUGGGCUGUCAAGGCCAGUACGUAUUCUCCGGUGAGUGUUCUGUAACUUUCUCUCGAGGUUACGGAACAUUCUCUGAUGACACAAGCACAUAAGACAUGAUCACGGUCACUUUUUCAUACUAUCUAGUGUAGUCUUUAGUGUCUCUCUCUGGAGAAUUUGUGUAGUCGGUUGAGAUGUCCUUGGUUGUAUUAUCUUUGUAUUGAACAAUGAUUGUGUAACUGAAUUGUGCUUCUUUGUGGAAACUAAGUCUGCAGGGCUGCAGUUUCAUCUUUCAUAUUUAAAAGUGUAUUCUGAAAUUUGAUACAAUAUUUCAAAAUGUGACUUGUUCAAAUUCUGUUUUUAGAACACAAAUUCACAAAAUGUACUCCCACUCACCAUUUGGUAUAUGUAGGGUGUUUUGGUAAAUGCACCUACAUUAUUGUCUAUUGAGUCAGCACAGUCUGGAGUAUGUCUCAAAAGACAUGUCAAGUUUGUCCCACACAGGCGAAGAGAAAGUCAUUUGACCUUUACUUCUGGGUUUUCUUGAAUGCAAAAGAUUUAAAAAAACAACUGCUUAUCUUGAGGUUCUCAGGUUUUCAGGAUGUACAAUAAUUCUAAAGUUCAGGUUGUACAACUAUGGCUUCCUCCUCACUACCUAUACAGUAUGUAAGUAUGAAUGCAACUGGUGGACUUGCAAUAACAUGGUAAUAACAAUCUAAGCAUUGAAAAGUAGUCUACACUUGAAUUGGCACAAACAGUAACCUAGCACAAUGUUGAUAAUUUCUUUACACUUUUAUCCAGAAACCCUAACCUCAUGUGACAAAGUAAUGAGUGCCAGUUUUGAUUAUGAAUGAAUGCCUUACUCAGAGCACCUCUCAUUCAAAACAACGCAAUCUCUUUUUCUACCUGAAAUUGUACAAUCACUGGAAAUACUCUACAGUACAUGUAUGUUUGAGUUCUGGCACAGUUGGAGGAAGUGUUCCUAGAUGUGUUUUGCAGUGUUUGGAUAUUUCUAUUUGUGUUUUUGUCAAAAUUAUAGGAGAGUGCAAUAAUAAUAUUGAUUUUGUUCAGGGGUAUCACUGUCCUGUACAGAGGCAUUAUUCUGUUGAAAGACAUAUCGGAAGUUGAAACUUGUAAGAUAAUUCUGUCCAAUAUAUUCUGUAUUUUCUAAAUAAAGAGAUCACUGGUUUUAAUA